AUGGCAAAAGUCACUGAGGUGACCUUUGUCAGGUUGCGCGGUGUCACGUGAUUAAAUCCCGGGCUGUGAUUGGAGGAGAGCUGUCCUUUUCAGCAGAGUAGAGCCUCAUCACGACAUUGAAGUCUGCGCAGAAAAGAACAAUGCUGUUGAAUAAGUUGUUAAAGGUUGGUGUACAGACGGGGUUGAGGUUCAGCAGUGGUGCAGCUCGAGCAGCUCCUUUAGUCAAGAGUUCUAGUGCUGGGUUCUCCUUCGAUUUGACGGAGCAGCAGAAGGAGUUCCAGGAAGUGUCCCGCAAGUUUGCGCGAGAGGAGAUCGUCCCUGUAGCUCAAGACUAUGACAAGAGUGGGGAAUAUCCAGUUCCUCUGAUCAGAAGGGCAUGGGAGCUUGGCCUGAUGAACACUCACAUCCCAGAGGAGUGCGGGGGUCUCGGCCUGUCCAGUUUCGAUGCGUGUCUGAUCACGGAGGAGCUGGCGUACGGCUGCACGGGGGUUCAGACCGCCAUCGAGGCCAACUCUCUUGGACAAAUGCCAGUCAUUAUCGCCGGUAACACCGAACAGAAGAAGAAAUAUUUGGGCAGAAUGACAGAGGAGCCGCUGAUGUGUGCGUACUGUGUGACUGAACCCGGCACAGGCUCUGAUGUUGCAGGAGUAAAGACUCGUGCUGAGAAGAAAGGAGACGAGUACGUUGUCAACGGUCAGAAGAUGUGGAUCACCAACGGAGGAAAAGCAAACUGGUAUUUCCUCUUGGCCCGUACUAACCCUGACCCUAAAUGCCCAGCCAGUAAAGCUUUCACAGGCUUCAUUGUGGAGGCGGACUCUCCUGGAGUUCAAAUCGGCAGGAAGGAGAUGAACAUGGGUCAGAGAUGCUCAGACACUCGCGGCAUCACCUUCGAAGACGUCAGGAUCCCUAAAGAGAAUGUGCUGAUUGGAGAGGGGGCAGGGUUUAAAAUCGCCAUGGGAGCCUUCGACAAGACACGCCCUCCUGUGGCUGCCGGAGCCACGGGUCUGGCACAGAGAGCGCUGGAUGAAGCCACUAAAUAUUCACUGGAGAGAAAAACCUUCGGUCGGUUUAUAGCUGAGCACCAGGCCGUGUCCUUCAUGCUGGCUGAGAUGGCGAUGAAGGUGGAGCUCGCCCGGCUGGCCUAUCAGAGAGCAGCGUGGGAGGUGGAUGAAGGCAGGAAGAACACCUACUAUGCCUCCAUCGCUAAGGCCUAUGCUGGAGACAUCGCUAAUCAGGUGGCGUGUGACGCUGUGCAGAUAUUCGGAGGAAACGGAUUCAACAGCGAAUAUCCUGUGGAGAAACUGAUGAGAGACGCCAAGAUCUAUCAGAUUUAUGAAGGCACCGCUCAGAUCCAGAGGCUCAUCAUCUCCAGAGAACAUCUGGGGAAGUACAAACAGUGAGGGUCUCCAGCAUGGAGCCAUGGAGCUUCUCCCCCAGCAGCAGCACUUCAGAGUUUAAAUAUUAACAUGUGGCUUAUUAAUGUGCUUUCUUUAUAAACCUGUUAUAAUCUUGUAACUGUCGAAUCACGGCACUGUGUAUAACGUGUCUCAGGUCUGUGAAGUGAACGGAGAACAGGUCAGCAGCUGGAGCUCUCCCUCUCUUCUACAUCUGCCUCAUCACUACCUUCUACAUGUUCAUGAUUUGUUCAGUUUCAGGAGCAUUAUAUGAGUAUCAGAUGCCUCUCACAAACACACACAUGCGCGCGCACACACACACACACACACACACACACACACACACACACACAGUCCAUAAUCUCCAGCACUGCAUAUUGUAUAGUAUCUAAUCUGAACAAGUUAUAUAAUGAGUGUGAACAGCGUCAGAUUCCCCGCUGGAGUUUUUCUGUACACUUUUAUAAGCAGCAUGUCUUCUGAAAGAAAUAAUAAAGAACAAAGACUGGU